AGUUCGUGGUCGGCCCAAACCCUUUGAGCCGCCGGAGCUGGGCCUUUUCCAAGAGGAGAUGCAAUUCCAGCAGCCCUAUGGCUCGGUGCCCGGAAGCUUCCCACCUCCCAGGGUGCGAUCGUCCCGACGUGGCGAAAGUGGAUGAACCACUCGACCCGAUGGAUAGACAUCGUUAACGCUGAAUGGUCGAGGGCACCUUCGCGGCCAUGCAGCAGGGAUACCUGGGCCAAUUGGGCCGUCAGCCUGAACCGCCCAACGAAGGACAAAGUGCCCGCACCUAUGGCGGAGGCAAUGGAACUGGAACAUUUCCAGUCCAAACUGGCCAUCCUACCUUGAUGAGCAGGUCACCACCUGCAGCGAAGCCACACGCCCGUCCAGGCGCUGGUGAACUUCUAAAGCCCACCUGGGCACCAGGUGGCUACUAUGGCCACGGCGCUCAACAGUCUUUGGCCAAGCGUGGCUUUCCGCGACAAAGCCGUCAGGAGCGCUCCAGCUGUUGCUGAGGGCGACAGGCCGGCUGACUUCACGUGCCACCUGAGGGCUGUUUCAUGGCAGCUGAACAGAAGCUGCAGAAUCCUCAAACCUGGAUGGUGAAC